AUGUGUGAGAACUUACAAGAAGCUGGCGUUAGUUGGGUAGGUUUGCGAUGUUGUUAUAGAACAAUACAAACAAAACACCUGGCGCUGGCGGGCGCGCCGGGCGGCCUGGGCGACCUGGGCGGGCGCGCCUUCCUGCGCGGCGCCCCGCCGCCGUCCUCCGCGUCCUCGCCGGCGUCCUCGUCCGCGCUGCGCCUCACCAACGUGAGCGCCGCCGACGAGGGCGAGUUCCGGUGCCGCGUCGACUUCCGCGACUCGCCCACCGCCAACCGGCGCGUGCAGCUGCGCGUCGUGGAGCCACCGGACACUCCCAUCAUUCUGGAUGCGAGCGGUGUAGAGAUCAGCACGGCGGGCCCCUUUCGCGAGGGCUUCGAGAUGGAGCUGCAGUGCGCAGUGACUGGAGGGCGGCCGCCGCCGGAGGUGGAGUGGUGGCUGAACGGGGAGCUGAUCGACGCGUCGGUGGACGCGCGCAACGCCUCCGUCGCCGUCAACGUGCUGCUGGUGGCGACGGUGACGCGCGAGCUGUGGGGCGCGGGGCUUGAGUGCCGCGCUCGCCCGUCGGGCCUCACGCCUGCCCUCGCGCGCCACAUGCCGGCCGUCGCGCGCCGCGUCGCCUUCGAGCUGUCACUCCGCAAUAAGUAA